AUGGAAUCCCUUGAGUAUGAUACCUAUGGUUUAGGUGACAUUGUGCUCUUUGGAAAUGGUAAAAGAAUGAAACUUGAUUGUUAUCCAGGUCUUGGUGAUAUCUUUCUUGAUUAUCGGGUGAAAAACCUCAUGCAGUGUUUUUCUUCAUUAACCGGAUGGAAGCGUACCUUGGAGUCCAUGUCCCAGUUUCUUCAAGAUCCCGAAAAGCAAUAUUUUUCAGAGAUUGGCCUUAAGUCCCUUGAGGAAUUUGUCAAUGAAAAACAUAGUCAUGUGUUAUCCUCUUUCUGCACGUACAAGCGAAUUAGUAGGAAUGAUGAUCAUAUUAUGACAUUGGAGGAAUAUGUGCAGAAGUUGUGGAUCAAUAUUGCAGAUGAAUAUUCCGACAAGAUGGAUAAUAUUAAAAGUUUCAUGACAUUGGAGCAGUUUGUGAAGAAGACAUUUUGUGAAUUAAGUGAGAAGCUCAAGUUUUUGAUACAAACUUUAUACACUCACCUGCCCAAGUCUUUUAUUUCACUUGCAACAGUGAAGAAAAUGUUUCGAGCUAUUGAACUAUUGAGGUCAAUUGGAAUUUCAUUGGGUCCAGCAAAGUUUAAGCAAACUCUUGAUGCUAGCGAAAAAGAAAGAAUUCCUUCUUGCUUUCUACCAUCAAACUCUGAAAUUGAUGAUUUCUUGAAAAUACUCAGUUUUCUUUCCAGUUCUAUUUUGCUUCCUGAACUCAAUGGGAGAAAUCAAAUAGAAAAGUUUUGCUUGUCUAAUGCAUGUCUGAUUUUGUGCACUGUUUCUAGUUCUAUUAAACUCUACACUGAAGGAAUGACUCAGGUAAAGUUUCUAGUAAUUGACGAAGCGACCCAGUUGAAAGAGUCACUGGUGAAAAGCAAGAUUGCUGAUAGUUGUAGAUUUGGAAGAAGUAUGUUUGAGAGACUGGGUAAGGAGAAAUCUGGCCGCGGACACAGCUUGAUGAACAUGGUUGAGGUUGCUGUCAUUUCUGAGAUGAUUAAAAACCUCAAAAAAGAGUUUAAGAGGACACAAGAGAAAGUUAGCAUUGGAGUUAUCUCUCCAUAUAAUGCUCAAGUCUAUGCAAUCCAGGACAAAAUUAAGGAGUACACUUCUGUUUUUGAUACUGAUUUCUCUGUGAGUGUUCGUUCUAUUGACGGUUUUCAAGGUGGAGAGGAAGAUAUUAUAAUAAUGUCUACUGUUAGAUCAAAUGGGAGUGGAAAAGUCGGUUUUCUUUCAAAUCAGCAAAGAACCAAUGUGGCCAUGACUAGAGCAAGAUCUUCACAAGUCAAAGGAAAUGGAUGCAACCAAGUCAAUCAAUGGUGA